AGAGAGAGAGAGAGAGAGAGAGAGAGAGCGCACCACAUUACAAAAGGGAGGGAGAGGAGAGGAAAACAAAAGACCACCAACAGCUACGUAGCCAUUCGUUGGACUCCUCGCCGCCCCUCUCCUUCCUUUGUUGAUGGCCAAGUCUGGUCUUCAACUCUCCUCCUCCUCCUCCUCUGUCUCCACCACCGCCACCACCAGCACCUAAUGACCAUGACUCAGGUCAGCCACGCUUUGGUCCAUCUCGAAGCCAAGUGGGCUCGCCUUGUUCGCCGCUUCUUCCACGCCGUGCGUAGCCACCUCCUCUCUUGUUCCUCCCCGAAUGGUCGGUACCGGCAGCUUAAGGCCAACCAAAGUGCUCCAGACCCCACGGUGGCCCGGGACAUCCCCAAGGUGGAUACGGGACAUGCGCCGGUGCGCACGGAUAUGGAGGUGGAUUCCGACGUGCUGUCGUUGAAGGUCAGCCUCCUCGGCGAUUGCGACAUCGGAAAAACAAGCUUCAUGAUGAAGUAUGUGGGCGAUGUGGAGGAACAGAGAGGAGUAGAAAUGGCAGGACUGAAUCUAAUGGAUAAAAUCUUCGUAGUAAAGGGAGCGAGGAUCGCCUUUAGGAUAUGGGAUGUGGGAGGUGAUGAUCAAUUUCUGGAUCAUGUGCCCAUUGCCUGCAAAGAUGCUGUCGCAAUUCUUGUAAUGUUCGAUCUCACCAAUCGAUGUACGCUAAACAAUGCUAUUGCCUGGCAUCAUCGAGCAAGGAGAUGGAACGCGACGGCAAUUCCGAUCUUAAUAGGAACCAAAUUUGAUGAUUUUGCUCGGCUUCCUCUUGAAAUGCAAUGGACGAUCGUGAAUCAGGUCAAAAGUGUCAGGUUUCCAUUCCAGAAAGCACUACUCUCCUAACUUCUUCCACCAUCUUUACGUGUGGUGGCUGCUUGAAGUCAAAGAGAUGAUGAUGCCUUCUCCAUCAAGACAGAUAGAAUACAGAUGAAUGAACUCUGCAUUGCAUUCCAUCUAGGAAAUCUCAGUCUCAGAUUCGAAACUGAGGAUAAAGUAGGAUCACAGAGAUGACCUUAACCAUCAAAAAUUAGUUGUGUGUGACCUUGGAGUGCUAUGUUGAUGCAGAAAUGAUCAAGGAUUUGUGUGUGUGUGUGUGUGUGUGUGUGGUGUACACAGGCCAGAGCAUACGCAAGAGCGAUGAAAGCAACUCUGUUUUUUUCCAGCACCACCCACAACAUUAACGUGAACAAGAUCUUCAAGUUUAUCGCGGCCAAACUGUUCAACAUGCCAUGGACGGUGGAGAGAAAUUUGACUAUCGGAGAACCUAUCAUUGACUAUUAGGUUCUUCUUCUCGGCUUCUUUCUCA